AUGCAUCCCCAACCCCCCAAGUGGUGGUCCUCCGCGCCCAAUGAUGCCGACCUCGCCUAUGGCUUCGAUUCUGACGACCGCGACAGAUUCCAUCCAGACCCCCAACGCAAGAAAUCAGACGCCGAGGACAAGGGUGUGCUGGAGAACAUGGCGUCCUGGCUGCAGCGCCAGGCGGGCUCCCAGCCCACGCAGCUCGUCACAACGGCUGUGCUAUCUGGCGCGGCUGUAGCGGGCGCGAUUUUCGGAUACCAAGCUUUUCGCCGGAAGGAGGCCGUGCAUGACCUGAAGGCUUCCAUCCCGGAGAUUGAUGAGCGACACCAUGCAGAGAAGUUCGGCGCCGCAGCCUCGGAUGCGCAAUUGAGUCAGGAGGACGAACGCGGCACAGCUUUGGCGCGCAGGGCGCAACAAGGAGACUACGAUGAUGACCUCAUUCUUGAACAACUCGCGCGCAACCGCGUCUUUCUUACCGAUGAAGGCCUAGCAAGACUGCGCUCCUCCUUUAUCGUCGUGGUCGGCUGUGGGGGUGUUGGAUCGCACGCUGCUGCGGCACUGGCCCGGUCAGGUGUGUCCAAGAUCCGGCUUAUCGACUUUGACCAGGUCACGCUCUCAUCGCUGAACCGACAUGCCGUCGCCACGUUGGCGGACGUGGGAACACCAAAAGUACACUGCAUCCGGCGGCGACUCGAACAGAUUGCUCCGUGGGUCAUGUUCGACUGCCGCAACGAGCUGUUCGACAAGUCAGUCGCUGAAACAUUGCUGGGGCCGUGGACUUUGACUCAUGACGGCGAGGGACGCCGUCCUGACUACGUGCUUGACUGUAUCGAUAAUAUCACCUCUAAAGUGGGCUUGUUAUACUACUGCCACACAAACUCUCUGCCGGUGAUCUCAUCUAUGGGUGCGGGCUGCAAGUCAGACCCGACUCGCAUCGCGGUUGGUGACAUCUCCCAGAGCACGGAUGAUCCUCUGUCUCGCAGCACGCGGCGCCGGUUAAAAGCCAUGGGUGUCAGUUCAGGGGUUGCAGCAGUGUUCUCGACUGAGAAGCCAGGACCAGGCAAGGCGAGUCUGCUCCCGCUACCGGAAACUGAGUAUGCCAAGGGCCAAGUCGGCGAACUGGGCGUGCUCCCAGACUUCCGGGUGCGCAUUCUGCCAGUGUUGGGGACCAUGCCCGCGGUUUUUGGGUACACAGUCGCCAACCAUGUGAUCUGCAGCGUGACGGGAUAUCCAAUCGAAUACAGCAUGAGCUCGAAGGGCCGCGACAAGAUGUACGAUGGCAUGAUGGCUUCUUUUCAGAGUCUGUACGAACGUCUAGUUCGGCAGGUAGCCGGCCAAGACCCCAUCGGACUCCGUCUGCCCAUCAACAAGGACGACAUUGCUUUUCUUGUGGACGACGUCUGGCGCGGGAAGAGCGCCGUUAGCGGGUUGGGCACCCGACUGGUCUUAGUACCGUGGCAGGUGCCAGCUGCUGGAUUCAGAUUGAAUCUCGCCUUGGAGAAAGAAGGACAGAAGACCGUUGCGGUGGAGCUGGAUCAAUUGGUGUGCAUGACCAAGGAGGAAGCGGCUCGGCACGAGCGCGAAGUGCUGCAGGACGGAAAAGACGUGACCGAAAUUUACAACGCCGUGGUGUUGCAGCGGGUGGACAUGCGGAGGAAGGAAGCUCAAGCGUAUGAACAGUAUCGUUGA